GACUCCCUUCCCAGUGAGCAGAAACACAGCCACGUCACUUGUGCCGGCGAGAUUCCGAACAGAAAUGGGCCGUUGUCUCAUCAGGCUAAAUGCCUUCUACAAGGCUGACAAUUUUCCGCGACUGAGAUCGAAGAGAGAGAGCUCAUACCCCGCUGAUAUUUACCCGAAGUCCCGGUUUCUGGGCUUGAGAAAGACAGUAUUUAAAUGCAGAGGGAUGUGUCUUUCUUAGUCUGUCAUACACCAGCAGUCAGUCAGGAGACCCUGUUGGUUAAAGAUACAUAGAUCCAGUUCCCAGUGCUACACACAUCAUGGCAACGGGUAUUCUCAAAGUUCAGGGCGACAAGAUCGUGGAUGGGAAUGGAGACACGAUUGUUCUGCGUGGAGCAGCCAUCGGAGGCUGGAUGAACAUGGAGAACUUCAUCACCGGAUACCCGGGCCACGAGUCACAACACCGCGCGUCGAUGUGUGAGGUGCUAGGCAAGGAAAAGUACGAGUUCUUCUUCGACAGGUGGCUGGAGUACUUCUUCACAGACGCCGAUGCCAAGUUCUUCGCAGAUCUGGAGUUGAACUGCAUCCGGAUCCCGUUCAACUUCCGUCACUUUGAAGAUGAUAUGAACCCGCGAGUGCUGAAGGAGUCUGGGUUCAAGCACCUUGACCGGGUGGUUGAGAUUUGCGCCAAACACAAGAUCUAUACUAUUCUCGACAUGCACACCGCUCCAGGUGGUCAGAACCCGGACUGGCACUCGGACAACCCGACCAACUACGCGGCAUUCUGGGAGUACAAAGACCACCAGGAUCGCACCGUCUGGCUGUGGAAGCAGAUUGCAGCUCGGUACAAGGGGAACCCCUGGGUUGCUGGGUACAACCCGCUCAAUGAACCCUGCGACCCGCAACACGUGCGCUUGCCGGCUUUCUACGAGCGGGUUGAAAAGGAGAUCCGGGAGGUUGACCCCGAUCAUAUUCUCUGGCUGGAUGGAAACACGUUUGCUAUGGAGUGGAGAGGGUUCGACAAAGUUUUGCCCAACUGUGUCUACUCCAUCCACGACUAUGCGGCAAUGGGAUUCCCCUUUGGAGAAAGAUACACAGGGACAGAGACGCAAAAGGCGACUCUCGAGCGGCAGUACCUCCGCAAAGUCGAUUUCAUGAACGAGCACAAGACGCCGAUCUGGAACGGCGAGUUUGGCCCCGUGUACGCCAACCCGCAGAUCGACGGGGACGCCGCCUCGAUCAACCAGGAGCGGUACAACCUGCUGGGCGAGCAGCUGCGGAUCUACGACAAGUACCAGAUCUCCUGGUCCAUCUGGCUGUACAAGGACGUCGGCCUGCAGGGGAUGCUGCACACGAGCCCGCACAGCAAAUGGAACCAAACCAUCCAGUCCUUCCUGGAGAAGAAGAAUCUGCUCUGGCUCGACGCGUGGGGUCGCCGGCCCUCCGAGGGUCCCAAGGCGGCCCUGAAACCACUCAUCGAAUGGAUCGAUAAAGUCAACCCCAUUGCAGGGCGCGAAACCUAUCCCACUCCCUGGAACACGGAGCGCCAUCUGCUCCGCGCCGUCUUCCAGACUUUCCUCGCUGCCUCGUUUUCUGACGACUUUGCUGAGCUCUUCCGUGGAAUGGACGAGGCGGACCUCGACGCCCUCGCGCACAGCUUCCAUUUUGAUGAGUGCGUGCAGCGGGAGGGGCUGAAUGAGAUUCUUAGACAGCAUGCGCACCUCUCAAGAGAGAGCAACUAGCUAGCUAGGUAAACUUUCUUCUGCUCGACUUUCACUUAUAUAGUAGAUAAUUCAUUCAUUCUUAGACGCGAGUGCCCUAGUAUGCU